GCUCGGGGCCCCUCCUCGCCGCCUGCGGGGCAGACGGCCCGAUGGCGAGAGCCCAGCUCUCCCCGGGGAUCGCCAGGCCCUUGCUCAGCGAGGCCUUGGCCGGCCACGGCGCGCCCCCGUGGCCCUGCGGCCUGCUGCCCGGGGGGCCGACGCACCCGGAGCCGCGGGCGGCCGGCAGGCGGUCGGCCCCCGCCGGCUCGCCGCCGAGCAGCAGCGGGAGCGCGAGCAGCCGGGGGGGGGGCGCUGCCGCCCAGGCAGGUCGUGGAGGCGGCGCGGCUGUCGAAGCGCGGCGCGCAGCAAAUCACGCGCGCGGCGGAGCCGGGAAAGGGGGGGAAGGGGAGGGGGUUCCCCGACGACGGAUCGGGGAAAGGGGGGGGGGUCCCAACCCCCCCCCCUUGGGGUCAUCCAGAGGCGCGCCCUCGCAAACCAGGCUGCCCGGCCGCGACGGCCAGGCCCAGCAAUGCCACAUGAAGCCCGCGGUCGUUGUCUCCGCCGACCUGGAGGCGGCGCGGGUCACCGCGCUCAGCGGGGGCGGCCUGAGCGGGUGCACCACCGUCAGGCUGAAGAAUGUGGAGACGUCGCUCAUGCCAGACACGGCCAUUGCCGCGCUCAACGCCAGCGGGUUCGAGGGCAGGUUCGACUUCGUGCACGUGCCCAUGGACAUGAAGAGGAUGAGGAACAGGGGCAUACUCUUCAUCAAUCUUAUCGAUCCCACGACAGCGGAUUCGAUGUACCAGUCCUUCCACCUCCAGACGAUGCCUGGAGUCAGUCUGGCGGGCAAGACACUGGAGAUCACGCCAGCAUACGUUCAGGGCUUCAAGGAAAACUUCGACCGGCAUGCGGAAUCCGAGGCUCCGUUCCUUGAGUGUUUCCGUUGUGUACUCUAG